AUGGACAAGGAGAAUAGCGCCUCUCGCGCCCCAAAGGUUGCUUUGAACAAUAAAUCUGUCCGCCAGAAGACAUUGGAAGAUUCGUCUAAUUCGAAGGACAAGACCUCGGUUGCCGUCAAGAGCCAACCGCAAAAAGAACGAGAAGAAAGAGCACAAAAGGGAAAGCAAUGGUCUCUAAAGGACUUUGAAAUCGGCAAGCCUCUAGGCAGAGGAAAGUUUGGAUCUGUCUAUCUCGCGAGAGAGAAGCGAACGAAAUACAUCGUCGCGAUCAAGGUGCUACAAAAGUCCCAGCUUCUCAAGGCAGGCGUGGAGCAUCAGUUGAGGCGUGAAAUUGAGAUUCAGAGCCACCUUCGUCAUCGUCAUAUUCUUCGAAUGUACGGAUACUUCUAUGACUCGAAACGAAUUUACUUGAUUUUGGAGUAUUCUCCCGGUGGCGAGCUGUACAAGCGAUUGCAGGCAAAAGGAAGGUUCUCCGACAAAGUGGCAGCAAGGUACAUUGCGGAUCUGGCCAAAGCCUUGGACUAUUGCCACGAGAAGCACGUCAUUCAUAGAGACAUCAAGCCUGAAAACUUGUUGAUUGGAGCACAAAGCGAAAUCAAGAUUGCCGAUUUUGGGUGGUCAGUUCAUGCGCCAACUUCACGACGAAAUACCUUGUGUGGAACUCUAGACUAUUUACCACCCGAAAUGGUAGAAGGGCGAGAGCACGAUGAGAUGGUCGAUGUUUGGAGCCUCGGAAUUCUUCUUUAUGAGUUUCUCGUUGGAGUACCUCCCUUUGAGGCAGAAGGUCACACGGCAACCUAUCGGCGUAUUUCCAGGGUGGACUUGAGAUUCCCGGAUCAUGUCACUCAUGAGGCUCGAAAUCUCAUUGAGAAACUGUUGGUAAAGGAACCACACUUGCGUAUGCCCUUGAAGGACGUUCCUCGACAUCCUUGGGUGAUCAAGUGUCUACGCAACUAA